AUGGCGCUCAACCUCGACGACCUCAUCGGCUCGAUGCAGCAUGGCUUCCACGCCGGCGAUCGCGGCAAUGACCUCAACGAGAUCAGGGAGAACCUCAAGAUGACCCUGGGGCAGCAGGCGCUCGGCCCGGGACACUCCGACGCCAGCCAGAGCAGCAACAGCAGCCGGAGACCGCCCAACGCCCGCUGGGACAAUCGUGCCUACCCUCCGCCGCAUUCCUCGCUCGACGGCGAUGUCGCCAUGCUUUCUGGCAGCGUCGAGGCCGGGGGAUCGCGCGGCCAGAGCGGCCAGACAUGGCAGAGCUAUGCCCAGCAGCAAUCCGGCUCCAACUUUGGCCGAUCCCCUAUGUCGAUGUCCAACGACCAAGGAGGCGGCGGUAGCGGGUUCGAUGCUCGAUUCCUCAAUAGUCAGAGCUCGCCGCCCGUCGGCUUCGGCGGCCCCGGCUCGGUCGGUUCGCAGGGCUCGAGCACCAGCUCAUACGGCUUCGGUGGCUUCGCCCAGGCACCGGCCAACACGCCACAGCAGACACCCGUCGAGUCGAGCGCGCUGGCGAGGCAGCUGCAGGCGGAGCUCGAGCGCGCACGGGAUCAGCAGGGUUCCAACAGGAUCGCAGAAGCCGACGACGAGCGCGCCGAGCCGGACUGGACGGGCCAAUAUCAGCGACAGAGCGCCAGCUUCUCACCGCCCGCUCAAUUCCCGGCCUCGGAUGCGGCCAGCGGCGGAGGCUCGUCGAGCGGAUACAGCCUGCAGUUCGGGACGGGGGGCGAACAGGCGGACCGCUCGAGCCUGACGCCGAGGAAGCUGGUCAAUGGCUUCCAGCCCACAAAUAGCAACGGCAGCGGCGUCGACUCCCAAGGAUCGGGCUUGUCGUCGCCGCAAUACGGGGGCGGACAGUCGAUUGGCGCCGGCCAAUGA